GUGCGUCAGUGGCACCAGUGGCGCGGUAAGGGGGUCGAGUUGAGACUCGAGUCACCGGUUGCGCACGCUGCGUGCAUUCGAUAGUGCUGCGCGAAGAGCGCGUGUACUUUGUGUCAUUAGAGGUGACUGGAACUGUCACGCACGAAACUACACCCGGCUACAAAAUGUCAAAUCGAGCAUGGGUAACGUUAGCUACAAACGAUUCCUACGGUUUGGGCGCCUUGGUGUUGGCGCAUUCACUGCGUCGCGCCGGCUCAGUGUACCCAAGUGUGGUACUCAUCACACCCUCUGUCACCGAGCCGAUGAGGGAUCGGCUCCGCGCAGUAUUUGCUGAAGUAGUUAUAGUGGACGUACUGGACUCUCGCGAUGCAGCUCAUCUCGCUUUAUUGCAGCGUCCCGAGCUUGGCAUUACUUUCACAAAAAUUCAUUGCUGGGGCCUGACACAGUAUGAGAAAUGUGUGUUCCUCGAUGCUGAUACACUGAUCGUUCAAAACUGCGACGAGCUAUUCGAGCGUGAGGAACUGUCCGCGGCGCCAGACGUAGGCUGGCCUGACUGCUUCAACUCCGGCGUGUUUGUAUACAAACCCUCCGCUGAGACCUUCGAACAGCUAAUCAAGUUCGCCCAGGAACGUGGUAGUUUUGAUGGUGGAGACCAGGGUCUUCUCAAUUCCUUCUUCUCUGACUGGGCUCGUGGGGAUAUCAACAGACAUCUACCUUUCCUUUACAAUGUCACGUCUGCUGCUUUCUACUCUUAUCUGCCCGCACUCAAACACUACGGGCAGAACCUCAAGAUUAUUCACUUCAUCGGCGCAGCUAAACCGUGGCUGCAACAGUUCAAUUUCGAAACUCGGUCAGCCGAGGGUCCAGAAUACUUAAGGGAAUUUCUACAACUUUGGUGGGACAUAUUCGUUGGCCAAGUUCACGCUCAUCUCGAUGUUGCCAUGGCUGAGGUGCAUGAAGCCACUCCACCGUUACCUUCUCAAGAUAUCAGCCAAUACUAUGAACCGAGGGUUGAUCCAGAAUCUGAAUUCCCUUGGCACCAUCCAGUUCAAGUACAAGAACAAAGGAAUGUAACAGAAAUAGACUUAACCCAGUUCUAUGAUCCUUGGCAAUUUUAUAGAGGACAUAUUCCACCGAGGGAGGGUGAAUCUUUUGCACAUCUUUCAGAUUUACAAAGACCAGACGAUCGUGAAGAUUUGAGGAGACAUGUAUGGGAAUAUAAUCAAUCUCAUGACUACGAGACUCUACAACAAGAAUUGAACACAGAUCAAGAAGAAAUGCCCCAGAUUCGCAAUCAAAUGGAAUAUCAAAAUCAAAAUACACAACAGCAUAAUAAUAAUAGUCAACAAAAUCACCAUCAACUUACAAAUGGAUAUCGGGAAUAUAACAAUAAUUAUUACUAUUAUUAUCACCAUCAUUAUCACCGUCAUUUUCAACGGGUUCCUUAUAUAUAUUACCCUUACGUACGCAAUUACUACAGCUUGCAGCACAGGCAAUCAGAUUAUAAUCGUAAUUAUUACCACAAUCAAUUAGAUAAUUCUAGUCAUACACAAUAUUACUUUAAUUCUACUCAUUCGCACCGACACAACUCACAUAAUAAUUCUAGUCAAAGUCAACAUGUUACUCACAAUAUUGUUGUUGAUAAUUUUCAUAAUGACCGAGAUGAUCCGCAGCCUGAACCUCAUAUAAAUUACAAUGAACUAGAGCCAAUACAACAUGUUCAUCCUAAUACACAUAAUAGAAGAACCCAUCAGCAGCCCAGAGUAAAUGGCAUGGAUAUAGUGCCAUUAAAUAGAAAUGUCAAUGGAAAUGUUUCUGACAAUGAUAUUGAACAUAACGAUAAUAUACCGAGACACCCGUAUGAUGGCUUCUAUUUAAGGCAUCAAACAACAAUAGAUCAUCAUGGACGCAAAAUUUGUAUACAUCAAAUACCUGAAACUGCAUCGCAAUCUGCUAUCGCUGCAAGGCCUGAAUCGUCGGUUUCGUUAGACGGUAAUAUGCCAGCAGAGGCGGCGACUACUCUUGAAUACAGUACACAAAGUGGAGUCGCAGGCAAUUUGGCACGUGUAGCGCCAGGUGCGUCCGGAUCCCAGCGUGACGCUCUAGAUGAACUUACACGUCGGCAAGGAUGGGAAGCAGGCAAUAUAGAUUACAUGGGAGCAGAUUCCUUUGACAAUAUUUGGGCCAAAAUCUCGCAAACGCUCAAUCAACCUCGAGUAUCUCCUCCAAAACAGACGGCCACUAAGGAGCCUACUCCACCUCCUGUUGAAUCAGCACCUAUUUCCGUUGAGGUGGCACAAGAAGCGGUAUCAUUAGAUACUGCAGUUACUCCUGCACCUAGCGACACGCCUAUUGUAGGUGAGGUUUCCGCGCCAGUACUAGAUGAAGCAUCUCCAGUGACAGAAAUUCCUGCUUCAAUUGAAACGAUUGUACCCCCACUAGUGCAAGCAGAAGUUUCCGCAUCAAUAGUAGCUCCAGUUGAUGCAUCUGUAUCACCUGCUCCAGCGAUAACUGAUGCAUCUCCAUCCGUACCAACAGAAGCUCCGGCAUCAACAGAAGUACCUACACAAAUAGAAACAGAAGUACCAGCAGUAGUAGAUGCACCUGUAUCCACAGAAGCAUCUGCACCUGUGCUAGCAGAAGCACCCACACCAGUACCAACAGAAGCACCUGUGCCCACAGAAGCACUUGCAUCAGUACCAGCAGAAACACCUGUAUCUACAGAAGCACCUGUGUCCACAGAAGCACUUGCAUCAGUAGCAAUAGAAGAACCCGCAUCCACAGAAGCAGCUGCACCUGUACCAACAGAAGUACCCGCUUCUAUACUAACCGAAACAUCCAGAUCCACAGAAACAGGAGCGUCAGUUCCGACUGAGGUUUCUGAACCAUCCUCAACAGCAGUAGCUGUAACAACUGCACCAGCAGGUUCUCUUAUUUCAGUGGAAGCAUCAGCGUCAGUUCCAACUGAGGUACCCGCACCAAUACCAGCUGAAACAACGGAACUUCCCACAUCGAUUGAAACAUCCGCACCACAGUCAACAGAUAUCUCUACACUACCUUCACCAGCUCAAACUGAAGUGCCUGCAACCGUUGAAGCUGUUGCUCCAGUUAAGGCAUCAGAACUAGAAUCAACCUCAGUUCUUGGUGAUGUCCCUGCUUCAGUAGUACCGUCUACUGGAGGUGAAACACCUACACCAGUUACAGUAGAAUCCGCAUCCGUACCUGCGACGGUCGAGACUACAACGACGGCAGCAACAGAAAGUGUUGCUGCUGAAGUUCCUGUUGGUGUUGAAGCACCUAUAAUACCGCAAAAGACUGAAACACCAGCAGUGCCCCCUACACCGCCAGGGACACCUAAAUCGUCACCAGAAGCUUCAACUCCAGUUACGGAAACAGCACCAAUCUUAGAUACCCCUAAAGUACCUGAGACACCACCAGCUGUUGCUCCGGUGCCACCGGCAGAAGCACCAAUUGUGCCAGCAUCAGAUGUUACACCAGAGAAAGCACCAUCUGUCAGCGAUAGUCCCCCCCUAGCCAACACGCCGCCCAAAGGAGCGCCCGCAGAGCCCGUUGCCAAAUCUGAGGAGCGUCGCAAGCCAGCGGGGAAGCUGCAGCUGAGUCCCCCUGCCGCUGCCGAUCCGCUCCCCACCCCUGACAGCGAACUGGAAGACGCAGCUGCACUUGCACAGUCUAUCAUCGCCAGCGAGUUGCAAACGCCUACAGUCACCUCGCCAGAACCCUCUGCCACUCCCGCUUCACCUCCGCCGCCUGUUCAACAAGAGAGACUCGUUGUAGAAGAACCAGAAGUGCCGACGCCACCUGUAGAUAGCGUGUCUCUCGCCCAGAUAGGGGUCAAAUCCAGCAAAGGAAAGUCUACGACAGCUGCGCAGAUAGAAUCGUCCGUAAUAGUAAAAGCCGAAUCAGAAGUACCGGCAGCCGAGUCAACAGCGCCGGCGGCAGAGUCAACAGCGACAGCGGCAGAGUUAACAACGCCGGCGACAACCGCGCAACCUAGUAAAUCCACGGAUGCACCUAAAAAGAAGGUUGUGAAGAAGGCGGCUAAGAAAGAAAAAGAGGGUGCGUCGAGCGGCGAUACUCCUGUGCCGCCGCCGCGCAAGAAGGAAAAGAAGCCCAAAGAAUAAAGAGGGCAUACGCUCCCUAUACCUAGUUCCUCUGUGCCAUAAAUUGUAACCUCUCCAUAUAAUUUUAAUGUUUAUAUUUUCAAAUGCUUUUAUAUAUCUAUGCAUAAUUGUCUUUAAUUAUAAUUAUUUCUUAUUAGUCAUCAUUCACUAUGUAUAUGUUUUUAUUGACCGAAAUUUGCAUUAUGUUAAUAAAUAAGACACAUUUCUACCUUUUUAUAUUAUAACAUUAAUUAUUUUGGUUUUAUAUAUUCAAAAGAUUUUACCAAAGCAUGAGACGUAUUUAUUAAACGAAGUUUUAUGUAAUUUUGUAUUAAAAGUCUAUUUUCGAA